UCUCUCUCUUUCUUUCUUUUAUUCUCUCUCUAAAUCUCUCUCUCCUCCGUCUCUUUCUCUCUCUUCGCCGUAUCACUCAGCUCCAACUCCACUCUCUCCCCCAAACCCUAGAAACACCGUUCCACUUCCUUUCCAAUCGGACCCAAUUUCAGAGCACAAGACACUCAAUAAUAUUAAUACGCACCUCCCAGCUUCCGCAAUUUUCCGUCAUGGCGGCCACGGCCACCGUAACCACAAGCCAGGUCUAUAUCGACGUAAUUGAGGACGUCAUCGUCAAGGUUCGCGACGAGUUCAUCAACAACGCUGGUCCCGGCGAGGAAGUUCUCAAGGAGCUCCAAGCUUUGUGGGAAUCAAAGAUGAUACAAGCUGGUGUUCUUGUUGCUCCCAUAGAAAGGUCCAGUGGAACUAAGACAAACCCCGGUGCAGUUCACGAUCUUAAUGUGCCGUAUGAGGGGAAUGAAGAGUAUGAAACUCCUACUGCUGAAAUGCUUUUUCCACCUACGCCUCUGCAAACUCCAAUGCAAACCCCUUUACCAGGAACCGUGGAUAACUCUAUGUAUAACAUCCCAACUGGACCGAGCGACUACACUGAUUGGCUCCAUAAUUGUAUCACAAAGUUUCGGAAAAAUUUCCCCAUGCCUCCCUCUCCCUGGAUGAACCAGAGGCCCUCACUUGAUGUUAAUGUUGCUUACGAUGAUGGACGGGAUGAAGCUGGUAGAGGAACUUCUAAUCAACCUCUUACACAGGAAUUCUUCAAAGCGCCCAUGGGAAAACGAAAACGCGAUGAUUUGGCUUCACAAUAUAACAAUGCUGAUGGAUAUAUACCUCAGCAGGAUGGGGCUGGAGAUUCUGCAUCUGGAUCUUUUGAAGUUGAGGUAUGCGGAGGCGGAAUCUCCAUUAAUGCACGUCUUAUAACUUCUAAAGAGAAAAUACCAGCUGAUUUAGUGAGGCCAACUUCUAGGAUUCCGCAACUUGAUGGACCAAUUCCUUUUGAUGAUGAUAUGAUUUCUACUCCUAAUAUAUACAAUUAUGAAGGAGUGUUGAGUGAAGACUACAACAUUGCAAAUACACCGGCUCCUCCUGAGAUACCAGCAAGCACCCCUGCUCUUGUAGCUCAAAAUGAGGCAGCAAAUGACAAUGAAGAUGACGAUGAUGAUGAUGAGCCAUUAAAUGAGAAUGACGACGAUGAUGAUUUUGAUGAUCUGGAUCAAGGAGAAGAUCAAGAUACACAUCAUCUUGUUUUGGCUCAGUUUGACAAGGUGACACGUACCAAGAGCAGGUGGAAAUGCACAUUGAAGGAUGGCAUCAUGCACAUAAAUAAUAAAGACAUUCUCUUCAAUAAGGCGACAGGGGAAUUUGAUUUCUGAUUGUGUUGGGUGAGUGUUUUCGGGAGGCAUGCGCCAUUAGUCUCGUCGAGUGUUUUGUAAUCUUUCUCUGAUUUUAAUUAUAAAAUGGAAGCUUGAGGAGGAGAGAAUUCCUUUAUACUUUGGAGACUAUUGUUUUGAUGUUGGCCUGUUUAAUAUUGUACAUAAAGGAUGAGCAAUUUUCGGCCUUACUUAUGGUUAGGUACGUAGAUCUUUAGCACUGUAUAAUUAUAACUGGACAAUUCAAAAAUUGAUUUGUAUGAUAAUCAUGGAAUUAUUUAGGCCUGGUUUUGUUUAA